AAUAUGAUGACGUAUCCAGGAAAAACACUGUCAACAUGGUUGAUUGCGGAAACUUACGCUGUUUUCAAGAAAGAAGAUUAAUUAAAAAAGAUUUAAUGACAUGGAGCAAGAAGAUUCCUUUAGUUGUCGGGUUGGAAACUAUUGCAGAGCAUGUUGGAAGCAGAAGAAAAGUCAGGAAACUGUUUGAGCCUUUUAACUGUUUAGAGCCAGUAGAACCACAUGACUGGGAACCGGAGGAAAAUUGUUUCUACUGUGCCGACAGAAUACAGCUUCUGUUUGAUGCUAUAGAGAAGACAGACUCCAAAGAUGGCGGGAAGAUUUUACGAGAUCAUCCUAGUUUGCGACAUCUUGGAGAUGUUCUACCUUUCUUGCCACAGUUCUACACAAGUGAUUAUGGACGAGAAAUUCUCAGUGAUAUAAAAACGGCUGUCAAUGAAUCGGAGCCUCUGGCACCUGCACAAGAAGUGGCACAAAAACUGAAUAUAGAACUUAAAAUACCUAGUGUUGCUGCUGGAAGUAAACAAAAGAAAGAAGCAACUUCAUCAAAUAAUGGAAAGAAGGGUUACUCUGAUGAUGAUCUUACAGCUGCAGUAUCUGAGAUACGCAAUGGGAAACUUGGUACACGUAGAGCCUCAUCACUUUAUGGAAUUCCACGCUCAACUUUACGUAACAAAAUAUUCAAGAUGGAGACAGUUGAGAGCAGUGCCACAUCGCAGCUAACAGAAGACGAUGGUUCCAGCAAUGAAGCUCCAUUGCCUAAAAAACGACAACCUCAAAUAUUGAAUACUCAGGAUAGUCCUUUAUUGCUGACGGAUUUGCUGCAACUCUCAACACUCCAGUAUCUUGCCCCAAUUGCCAUUCCAUACUUCAUUAAACCAGAUAUGUUCAUGUUACCACAGGCAGAGGAGGCUGAAUGGGAGAAGAAGCUCCAAACCGUACGCCAUAAGCACAACCUUAGUAAAGCAUCUAUGAACCAUUACCAAGUUAAGGCACUCGCUCAUCAUAAACUGAAGCCUUUCCAAUAUGAUCUGAUCAAAAAGCUCACUCAGGAAAGACUUGAACUAGAGAGAAAUGCACAUCAGAGCAAGUCGUGUGAUGAAAUGUUGAAAUUACAAGAAUCUCUGUCUCAUUCCCAUGCCUCACUUUUGAAAUCCCUGGACUUUACCUCAUCACCUCCGUCAAAGAAAAUAAAGAAAGAAGGACUUCCUGCAGAACAGUUACUGGACACAAAUAUAAUAAUGCAGUCUGCCCUGUACAAGGCCUUGAAUGUAAAUCCAUUUUCUUCUAUUGGAAAUACACGAGAAUCUAGCUCUCCUGAUUCUGAUAUAGUGGUGCCUGAGUUUAUUAGAAAAUCGGCUAGAGUAGAAAAGCUUACCACUAGAACAGAAGAACUGGACAAAAAGACAUAUGACAGUUUGUUUAAAUAUGAAAACACAAGAAUUGGUGAUACACUAAAAGAUAUAAUUGUAAAGACAAUAUCUGAAAAAGUCAAAUGUAAACUUGAAUCAACAGAUUUUUCAGGACUGGUUGGAUCAAACUCAAAUCGUGAAAACCAGAAAGCAAAGGAGACUAUUUUGUCAGCUUUCUCUCUUCCAGAAACAUCAAGCCCAGCCAAAAAGGCAAAGAAAGAAGCAAGCUCAUUUUCUCUGUCAAAGUUAGUUGGAAAUAAUUCCACAUCUUCAAACAGUUCUCAGACAAAGAAAACUCGUCCUAAGAGGGGUCAGUACAGAAAAUACAACAGCCAGCUCCUUACUGAGGCUGUAAAGGCAGUCCAGCGGGGAGAAAUGAGUGUGCACCGUGCUGGUAGCUAUUAUGGAGUUCCUCAUUCAACUCUGGAGUAUAAAGUGAAGGAACGUCAUCUGCUUAGACAGAAAAAGAUAAAAGAACAGCAGGAAUUAAAAUUGAAACAAGAAGCUGAAGAAGCUGCUGCUAAAAAAGAAAAAUCCCCAGGAGAUAAGACAGUAGUGAAGAGCUCAAAUAAAACAACCGACUCAACAGAGUCCACAACUCCACCCAAACUAAAUCAAGGACCAUCUUGGUUACCUCCCUUUGCCAGUCAAGUACAGUAUGACAGUACAGCUGCCCUUGGCUUGUUCGGAUCUGGAUUCUCGCUCAGCACACCAGCAUCAGAGCUUUUACGCAAACUGCAGCAUAAAGUUCAGAGUAAGUGCGAUUCUGGUGAUGAGUCUUCGGCUAGUACCUCAGAAUACCCAUCUGCAUCAGAGGGAUAUGUAUAUAUCAGUUAAAAUAUUUUGUUGCCUUUUCCAUUGGAAAAUUGUGGGUAUUUUACAAUAUUGUAGUGUGUUCUAUAUUUAUAUCUAUAUUUUUCAACCCUUAUUUCAUUUUACAUCAGAGAUGAUUUUGAUAAGGUUUUAGCUGUACAUUAUUUAUGAAAUCCAGUUUUAAUUCUUAUUUAAGAUAUUUACUUUUUUUGGCCUUUGGUGUUGAAAGACACAUGAGGCAUAUAGUGUUUGAACUGUUUGUCCAUCAGUCCAUGGCACUUUUCAGUUUUAUUUUUUCUGAAGUACAUUUUUGGACAAUUGAAAUACUACAGCUACAUUAGAAUAUUGUGUAGUCUUCCUACAGUUUCUGUUACAGCUACAUUAGAAUAUUGUGUAGUCUUCCUACAGUUUCUGUUACAGCUACAUUAGAAUAUUGUGUAGUCUUCCUACAGUUUCUGUUCCUACAGUUUCUGUUCAACUGAGACCAAAAUUUGUCUACAUCAUCCACUUGAAAAGGAUAUGGGCAUAUUUUCAUAACUUUCAUAUCUGAUUUUUAGCUCACACGUCACAAAGUGACAAGGUGUGCUUUUGUGAUCGCGCAGCGUCCGUCGUCCGUCCGUCCGUCUGUCCGUCCGUAAACUUUUGCUUGUGACCACUCUAGAGGUCACAUUUUUCGUGGGAUCUUUAUGAAAAUUGGUCAGAAUGUUCAUCUUGAUGAUAUCUAGGUUAAGUUCGAAACUGGAUAACGUGCGAUCCAAAACUAGGUCAGUAGGUCUAAAAAUAGAAAAACCUUGUGACUUCUCUAGAGACCAUACUUUUCAAUGGAUAUUCAUGAAAGUUAGAAUGUUUAUCUUGAUGAUAUCUAGGUCAAGUUUGAAACUGGGUCACAUGCCGUCAAAAACUAGGUCAGUAGGUCAAAUAAUAAAAAAACCUUGUGACCUCUCUACAGGCCAUAUUUUUCAUGGGAUCUGUAUGAAAGUUGGUCUGAAUGUCCACGUUGAUAAUAUCUAGGUUAAAUUUUAAACUGGGUCACGUGUGGUCCAAAACUAGGUCAGUAGAUCUAAAAAUAGAAAAACCUUGUGACCUCUCUAGAGGCCAUACUUUUCAUGAGAUCUUCAUGAAAGUUAGUCAGAAUGUUUACCUUGAUGAUAUCUAAGUCAAGUUCGAAACUGGGUUAUGUGCCAACAAAAACUAGGUCAGUAGGUCAAAUGAUAAAAAAAAAUUGUAACCUCUCUAGAGGCCAUAUUUUUCAUGGGAUUUGUAUGAAAGUUGGUCUGGAUGUUCAUCUUGAUGAUAUCUAGGUCAGAUUCGAAACUGUGUCAGCUUUGGUCAAAAACUAGGUCAGUAGGUCUAAAAAUAGAAAAACCUUGUGACCUCCCUAGAGGCCAUACUUUUGAAUGGAUCUUCAUGAAAAUUGGUCAGAAUGUUUACCUUGAUGAUAUCUAGGUCAGUUUUGAAACUGGGUUGCGUGCCAUCAAAAACUAGGUCAGUAGGUCAGAUAAUAAAAAAAACUUUUGACCUCUCUAGAGGCCAUAUUUUUCAUGGGAUCUGUAUAAAAGUCGGUCUGAAUGUUCACCUUGAUGAUAUCUAGAUCAAGUUCAAAACUGGGUCACGUGCCAUCAAAAACUAGGUCAUUAGGUCAAAUAAUUAAAAAAAAAUUUUGACCUCUCUAGAGGCCAUAUUUUUCUAUGGAUCUUCAUGAAAAUUGGUCAGAAUUUUUAUCUUGGUGAUAUCUAGGUCAAGGUCAAAACUGGGUCACAUGAGCUCACUAGGUCACUGUGUCAAAUAAUAGAAAAAAACGACGUCAUACUCUGUUCAAAACUGGGUCAUUUUGGGACAGGUGAGCGAUUUAGGACCAUCAUGGUCCUCUUGUUUUUUAAGUUAUGGCUCCUUUUUUGGACUUUGAAAUAUUAUAACUACAUCAGAAUGUCGGUGUAGUCAACUCCUACAUUUCCCAUCAAACUGAAAUGAAACUUGGUAGACUUAUUCAAUAUCAAGUGGACAAGUUCAUGUUGGGCCUUUUAUUUUUCUAGAGUUAAGGCAUGUUGAGGAGUUGUUAUGCUGUCAACCAUUUUCAGGAGGCAUUUGUAACACAAUGUUGACAUCAUUUGUUUAGACAUGGCCUACCUUUGUCUUGACUAUAAGUUGCCUUAAUCUUAAACUUAAGAAAUAGAACCUAAAUCAGUUAUUUCAAAACAUCUGGGCCUUUGAAUGAUUAAAUCAGAAAUUUUUAGUCUUCAAUGUACUGAAACUAAGGUCUUAGCUUUUUAGCUCACCUAAACCAAAAUUAAGAGAAGUUGUUUUCUUCUGGCAAUUGUACACCAACUGUUGCUUCAAAAGAUACCUACUUUAAAAUAGCUUGGCCGGUGUCAUUCUAUCUGCAUAUACUGAAUAGUUUUAAAAUGCACAGGUACACAGCCAAAGAGGUAUGUCUUGAUAAAAGUUUUAGUUUAUAUCUUGUUUCUAGAUAUUAACCUCACUACAAAUGCAAGUUAACAAUUGAUUAAUGUGCAAAUUACCAGAUGGUUGAUUAGUUAUUUUCCAUGUUUUGCAUAUGACACUCGAGGUAAAUAAUUUAGCAAGACAUAAAUAUCAGUAAAAUGUCCACAUUUGGUUGAUAGUUCCGAAACAGCACAUCUAGAUUAUUUGUAACAUACGUGUUGCAUACAGCUGUACCAGAACAUGUUAGAUCAGUUGGCAUGUUCCUAUAGCACCAUUGCAAGACAUUUAGUUUGCCACUGUUGUAUCUUGAAGUUGAAUGGGACUGUCAUUGACCAUUCAUGAUGACAUAUAACAGCACAACAACAUGAUUCACAGAUGGGACUGCUUCAAGUCACCUCCCAUAAGUGUCAGAUGAAUUGUAUGUAAUUUGAUUAAAAACUUAUUUCAAAAAUUUCAAAUUUAACUACAUAUUGAACAUAAAAAAAAGAAAUUUAUUCAUUUUUAGCUCACCUGUCACAAAGUGACAAGGUGAGCUUUUGUGAUCGCGCGGUGUCCGUCGUCCGUCCGUAAACUUCUGCUUGUGACCACUCUAGAGGUCACAUUUUUCAUGGGAUCUUUAUGAAAGUUGGUCAGAAUGUUCAUCUUGAUGAUAUCUAGGCCAAGUUCGAAACUGGGUCACGUGUCAUCAAAAAGUAGGUCAGUAGGUCUAAAAACUGAAAAACCUUGUGACCUCUCUAGAGGCCAUAUAUUUCAAAAGAUCUUCAUGAAAAUUGGUCAGAACGUUCACCUUGAUGAUAUCUAGAUCAAGUUCGAAACUGGGUCACGUGCGGUCAAAAACUAGGUCAGUAGGUCUAAAAAUAGAAAAACCUUGUGACCUCUCUAGAGGCCAUAUAUUGCACAAGAUCUUCAUGAAAAUUGGUCAGAACGUUCACCUUGAUGAUAUCUAGGUCAAGUUCGAAACUGGAUCACGUGACAUCAAAAACUAGGUCAGUAGGUCUAAAAAUAGAAAAACCUUGUGACCUCUCUAGAGGCCAUAUAUUUCAAAAGAUCUUCAUGAAAAUUGGUCAGAACGUUCACCUUGAUGAUAUCUAGAUCAGAUUCGAAACUGGGUCACAUGCCAUCAAAAUCUAGGUCAGUAGGUCAGAUAAUAGAAAAACCUUGUGACCUCUCUAAAGGCCAUAUUUUUCAUGGGAUCUGUAUGAAAGUUGGUCUGAAUGUUCAUCUUGAUGAUAUCUAGGUCAAGUUCGAAACUGGGUCACAUGCGGUCAAAAACUAGGUCAGUAGGUCUAAAAAUAGAAAAACCUUGUGACCUCUCUAGAGGCCAAAUAUUUCAUGAGAUCUUCAUGAAAAUUGGUCAGAAUGUUCACCUUGAUGAUAUCAAGGUCAAGUUUGAAAGUGGGUCACAUGCCAUCAAAAAUUAGGUCAGUAGGUCAAAUAAUAGAAAAACUUUGUGACCUCUCUAGAGGCCAUAUUUUUCAUGGGAUCUGUAUGAAAGUUGGUCUGAAUGUUCAUCUUGAUGAUAUCUAGGUCAAGUUUGAAAGUGGGUCACAUGUCUUCAAAAACUAGGUCAGUAGGUCAAAUAAUAGAAAAACCUUCUGACCUCUCUAAAGGCCAUAUUUUCAUGGGAUCUAUAUGAAAGUUGGUGAGAAUGUUCAUCUUGAUGAUAUCUAGGUCAAGUUUGGAACAGGGUCAUGUGCGAUCAAAAACUAGGUCAGUAGGUCUAAAAAUAGAAAAACUUUGUGACCUCUCUGGAGGCCAUACUUGUGAAUGGAUCUCCAUAAAAAUUGGUCAGAAUGUUCACCUUGAUGAUAACUAAGUCAAGUUUGAAACUGGGUCACGUGCCUUAAAAAACUAGGUCAGUAGGGCAAAUAAUAAAAAAACCUUGUGACCUCUCUAGAGGCAAUACUUUUCAUGGGAUCUGUAUGAAAGUUGGUCUGAAUGUUCAUCUUGAUGAUAUCUAGGUCAAGUUUGAAACUGGGUCAACUGCAAUCAAAAACUAGGUCAGUAGGUCUAAAAUUAGAAAAAUCUUUUGACCUCUCUAGAGGCCAAAUUUUUCAAUGGAUCUUCAUGAAAAUUGGUCUGACUGUUCACCUUGAUGAUAUCUAGGUCAAUUUCGAAACUGGGUCACGUGCGGUCAAAAACUAGGCCAGUAGGUAUAAAAAUAGAAAAAGCUUGUGACCUCUCUAGAGGCCAUAUUUUUUAUGAGAUCUUCAUGAAAAUUAGUGAGAAUGUUCACCUUGAUGAUAUCUAGGCCAGGUUUAAUACAGGGUCACGUACCUUCGAAAACUAGGUCAAUAGGUCAAAUAAUAGAAAAACCUUGUGACCUCUCUAGAAGCCAUAAUUUUCAGUGGAUCUUCAUGAAAAUUGGUCAGAAUUUUUAUCUUGAUGAUAUCUAGGUCAAAUUAAAAACUGGGUCACAUGAGCUCAAAAACUAGGUCACUAUGUCAAAUAAUAGAAGAACGACGUCAUACUCAAAACUGGGUCAUGUGGAAACAGGUGAGCAAUUCAGGAAAACCAUGGUCCUCUUGUUUUAUAUAGCUGUGAAGUUUUGUGUGUGAUUUCGCUCAUCUGGACCAGAGUCAUGGCCCUUUACUCAGUCAAAUAUAUACAAAAAGGGCCUAAAAGUUUGAAUCACAAGGAUCUCAAAAAGUACUUGAUCUACAGUCCUGAAACAUGAUAAGAUUGUUAAUUAACAUGUAAAGUUCUGCCCCUGUGGUUUUGUUUGGAAUUUCAUGCCCUCCUUGAUGACUCCUGCCCCCAAUCCAAGGUAGUAUGAAAAGUUACUUAGUCUUGUAUUGUUAACAAGUAACAUAUUCCUAUUGAUAGGAAGUGGGGACACACAUUUUGUUCAACUCAUUAAUACCUUUAUUCUUGGUGUAGAACAACUGAACUGUCAUAGAUUGACCAGCAUUACUUCAGACGAGCUUGGUUUGCAGGGUUUAUAUGCACAAUACUCACCUACAUCCAUUUCAGGAGUUUUGUAAGACUAUUGUGGAGGACUGGGCAUACAUGCAAUAGCACCAUAUAGCAACAGUUUUUUUCUCUACUAGAUUCCUCUACGUGUAUUUAAAGUUUAAACUUCAGACUUUGACCUUGGGUUGUUGAUAGUGCUUUAUCUUUGUUAGUGUCACAUACUCUGUAAUGACAUUUUUAUAAAGUAUUAACGUAAUAGUUAUAAUUGUGCUUAACAAUUUUGAAUAAAACUGGUUAUCAAGAUAUUAACAUUUUUAGCUCACCUGUCACAAAUGACAGGUGAGCUUUUGUGAUCGCGUGGCGUCCGUCGUCCGUGCGUGCGUAAACUUUUGCUUGUGACCACUGUAGAGGUCACAUUUUUCAUGGGAUCUUUAUGAAAGUUGGUCAGAAUGUUCAUCUUGAUGAUAUCUAGGUCAAGUUCGAAACUGGGUCACAUGCGGUCAAAAACUAGGUCAGUAGGUCUAAAAAUAGAAAAACCUUGUGACCUCUCUAGAGGCCAUAUUUUCACGAGAUCUUCAUGAAAAUUGGUCAGAAUGUUCACCUUGAUAAUAUCUAGAUCAAUUUCGAAACUGGGUCACGUGGGGUCAAAAACUAGGUCAGUAGGUCUAAAAAUAGAAAAACCUUGUGACCUCUCUAGAGGCCAUAUUUCUCAAUGGAUCUUCAUGAAAAUUGGUCAGAAUGUUCACCUUGAUGAUAUCUAGGUCAAGUUCGAAACUGGGUCACGUGGGGUCAAAAACUAGGUCAGUAGGUCAAAAAAUAGAAAAAAGUUGUGACCUCUCUAGAGGCCAUAUUUCUCAAUGGAUCUUCAUGAAAAUUGGUGAGAAUGUUCACCUUGAUGAUAUCUAGGUCAAGUUCGUAACUGGUUCACAUGCGGUCAAAAACUAGGUCAGUAGGUCUAAAAAUAGAAAAACCUUGUGACCUCUCUAGAGGCCAUAUUUCUCAAUGGAUCUUCAUGAAAAUUGGUCAGAAUGUUCACCUUGAUGAUAUCUAGGUCUAGAUUGAAACUGGGUCACGUGCGAUCAAAAACUAGGUCAGUAGGUCUAAAAAUAGAAAAACCUUGUGACCUCUCUAGAGGCCAUAUUUCUCAGUGGAUCUUUAUGAAAAUUUGUGAGAGUGUUAAGCUUGAUGAUAUCUAGAUCAAGUUCGAAACUGGGUCAUGUGCGGUCAAAAACUAGGUCAGUAGGUCGAAAAAUAGAAAAACCUUGUGACCUCUCUAGAGGCCAUAUUUUUCAUGAGAUCUUCAUGAAAAUUGGUGAGAAUGUUCACCUUGAUGAUAUCUAGGUGAAGUUCAAAAGUGAUUCACGUGCCUUCAAAAACUAGGUCAUUAUGUCAAAUAAUAGAAAAACCUUGUGACCUCUCUAGAGGUCAUAUUUUUCAAUGGAUCUUCAUGAAAAUUGGUCAGAAUUUUUUAUCUUGAUGAUAUCUAGGUCACAUGUGCUCUAAAACUAGGUCACUAUGUCAAAUAAUAGAAAAACGACGUCAUACUCAGUUCAACACUGGGUCAUGUGGGGAUAGGUGAGCGAUUCAGGACCAUCAUGGUCCUCUUGUUUUAAAAAUAUGACCUGUGCAUUUUCAAAGCUGUUCAGUGUAAUAUGGCACCAAAACAAAAACACUGGUUACUACAUUAUCUCAAAGAAAACCAAUAAUCAGGAUUUAACCACUAGUUGAACCUUUACCAGAAGUUAAAGGCUACCUGCAUAUAUAUAAGUAUUUAAGUAAUACUAUGAUUAUUUUGUCUUCUGAUUUUGGGAUAUUCUUUCUUGUCUGUCACAGAAUUUUGUAAGGACAACUAUGGGCAGCAGUAACCGCCAAAAUUAGUAAAUAUACAAUCCAUUCAUAAACAAGUCAGUCAGUGCGUAGCAUUUCAACGCCGUCUAGUCUAAAACUCCAUCCCGUCCAAUAAAUAUGCAUUUAACGCAUUGUAUUUUGAAACCAUUUAAUGCAAAACUUCAUUCCAUCCAUCUAAACAUGGAACGAUGCAUUGAAAAACUUGUUGCGAUGCACUGUAGUAUGAAAUCAUCCAACAAAACAUGAUACCAUGCAGCUCAGUGUGAAGCCGUUUAACGCAACAUGAGUACGUGCAGUGUAAAAUGAAACGAUUCAUUAAAGCUUGGCGACGUCUAAUGCAUACUGAAACCGUGUUGUGUGAUUUGGAGCGGCGUAUCAAAAUUUGAUGCCAUGCAGCCAAAUAUGAAGCUGUUUAACGAAACACGAGUACGUGCAUUGUAAAAGGUUAAUAAGACUAUCAGUUCAUAAGUUUGCCCUGUUAUAAAUAUAGAUUCUGGAUCAGUUUUACAUAAGAAUAUCUUAAAAUUUGUCCCAAAACCGACCUUGUGGUAAAAUUCUAACAUUUAAUUUGACACUGUUCCUGUGAUUUAUCUGACAGAAUUAUGCCCCUUUUUAACUUAGAAUAUAUUUUUCAAAAAAUUGAUAAAGUCAAAUAUCUCUGUUACUAUUAAAGCUUUUGACUUGAAACUCAAAAUAGUUAUAUACAAUCAAAGUCUGCACCAAGAGACACAAUUCCCAUAACUCUGGUUUGAAUUUUGACAGAAUUAUGCCUCUUUUUAACUAAGAAUUUUUGGUUAAAGUUUUUGAUAAAGUCAAAUAUCUCUGUUACUAUCAAAGCUUUGGACUUGAAACUUAUUUUCCAUCAAAGUCUACACCAGGUGGAACAAUAUCCAUAACUCUGAUUUGAAUUUUGACAGAAUUAUGCCCCUUUUUAACUUAGAUUUUUUGUUAAAAGUCAAAUAUCUCUGUUACUGAUAAAGCUUUUGACUUGAAACUCAAAAUAGUUAUUUACAUUCAAAGUCUACACCAGGAGACACAAUUCCCAUAACUCUGAUUUGAAUUUUUUAACUUAGAAUUUUUUUUACUGGCAAAGCUCUAAUUCAGAGUCAAGCACUGAGAAAAGUCGAGCGCGCUGUCUUACGGACAGCUCUUGUUUAUUUCUAAUUUUCUAUAUAUAACUAUUUCUUGUUUAUGAAAUUACAAUAUAGCUUUGAUUGCAUCAUUAUUUUGAUUGUAUGCUUUGCCUUCAUUUUGAGGAGUGGAAAAGAAAUUAACCAAAGAGGAAAUAUCGCCAAAAAGAUACCUAAUUCCCGAAUAGGCUUUUAACUCGCCUAAGCAUCAAAUAAUCGUUCAUGCAAGUCCAUAAUCGAUGUCAGCGACUUUUGCUCAUUAAAUGAUCGACAAUUGAUUGUCGGCGACAAUCAGAACAUCACUAACGUCAUGUCAACGUGAUAUUUAGGGCCAUGUAUGCAUCGAGAAAUAGCGCUUCAAAUUUGAUCAAAUAUUUUACUUUAAAAAACGUUUAAAACGAAAUGUCACAUAACUGUCUUAAUUAAUUUACACACACACACAGUUGGUUAUUAGCUGUGCAGAAUAAUUCGCCAUCAUUUGCGCCCUAAUGGAACUAUUCCGCAAGACAUAUUACCAUUUCCAAUCCUGGCUUGUAUAAACAAAGGAGCCUGACGACCUACCAUUAGGCGCCAUACAUGCGCCAAUAAACAGUUCUAUCAUAUUUUACAAUUAAAGAUAUAUAAGAAUCAAAAUUUAUACACUUGGGCGGUUAUACAUCGUGGUCAGAAUGUUUGUUUUAACAACAAAAUAGAGUCAAAAUGAAGGUCACUAGGUCAAAAUAUAGCACCUUAGAAGUCAUAAUUUCUAUGUGAUCUUUACGAAACCUCAGAAAAUCAGUGUUAGAAAUGAUUUUUUUUCCUUUAGAAACAUAUUAAGCUACUUUCUUAUUAUUUUAGAUGUGUUAAUACAGAAUCCUCAUCAUUCUCAUCAGUAAGAUUGUCAACAUCACAUACAUCAUUAUGAGUAUUGGUCCAUGUUAAUCAUCUUCAUCACAUUCAUCAUUAACUUGGGCACCAUCCAGGCUGACUUCAGUUUGCUGCAAAGUACAUGAUUUAUUGUAUGGAAAAGACAUCUGUUCAUUUGGUCAAGACAAAGCCAGCUCUCUUCCAGAAAUCACAGUAUGUUGGGAUGCAAACACAUGAUUGAAGGAACUCCUUGGAAAAUUCAUAUUAACAUUCAACAGUUUAUUUCUUAAAACAGGUUUUAAUGCUUCAAAUUACAACAAUUUUGAAAAAUAGCAGUUAUAUUUUGACAGAUUUUGGAGGCAACAGUUGAGCAGUUUUUUGCUAACUUUGUUAAGAUUUGUGAUGAAUCUGUUUAUUUAAUGACUUAAUGUGAUUAUUUUGAUUGAUGUAUUUGUUAUUAUGAUGGAUACAUAUGAAUUUAUAUUCAAAUUACAUGACAUAGACAAAAAGCGAGAUGAGUGUAAUUAAAGGUUACAAGUUGUUAGGUUGUACUGAACCUGUUGCUUUUAGAUUUCAGCUGUUGCAUAAAGAAACUAGGAAUAAGUAAAGUCCUCUUAUCACAUUUGUUUGACAUCAUGACAGUACAAAAAUUAACAGAUGCUAGAUGUACUUGUAACAUACAUGGAUUUUAUUACCAUUACCACUUUUUCAAACAAACCUUUCAGUUUGGGUAACCCUUAGCAAUAGUUGUAGUUUAGUCAUUAUUUCUAGUCAAUAUUUUGUGUAAAUAUCAUAUUGAGCAGUUUUACCAGAAGUACAUUGUGCAAUUUUCAGAUACAGUCAGAAGUUCUAGUCUACAUUUUUUUUUAAUUGAGUAGUGUUUCAUUAUUUAGUAAUGAUAUUUUGUUUACAGGGUAUCUGUAUUUUGUCUUGUGUUAUAUUGUGUUGUUUAUUAUUGGGUCCAAUGUUAUUGAUUAUUUUACAGUGUUCCAAUGUCAAAGUUUCUAAGCUCACCAGAAGUCAACAUGCUCAAGGUGAGCUAUUGUGAUUACUCACUGUCAGCAUCAACGUUUUCUUCAAUCUCCAAAUCCAUUCUGUGGAAGUAGAUUAAACUGGGCAUGGAUAUGCCUUGGAUGGUCCUCUUCCACAGUUUUUCUAAAAUCGUUUCACUUUGUUGCACAUUGGGACUGCGAGGGCUAGAAAGAGAAAAAUCUUCAAAUUUCAUCUCUGAAAUCGUUUGUCUGAUUUUAAGAUAAUAUCAUAGAAGGAAUGUUCUUCAGGUGACUGCUGUUAAGAGGGUUUUGAUUCACUGUCAGAAGGUGUGGUCACUUUUCCCUAUACGUUUAUAAUGCUAAUUUUACAAAUCUUGUCAGAAACUGCUGGUCAGAUUUUAAAAUAAUUUCACACAUGAUCUGUGGUGACUCCUGAAUUCACUUUUUGUAGACAGGUACAUAAUUAUAAAAUGCAGACUGAGUUUGAUUUUUUGGGUAAAAAUCCACCAAUUUUUGGCCCCUUUUCAAGUUUGUGUAAAAUGUUGAUGUCCAUACAAUCACUUUUGAAAGGAUGAGAGGAUUGAAUCAUUUUUGGUACAUAGGCACUUUAUCACAAGAUGCAGGCCAAUUUUGAUUUUGGUUCCGAUCUGCCAAAUUUAUACAGUUAUUGGCCCCUUUUUACUUAACAUUUAGUUGUCUGAACAUUUAGUUGUCUGUUCAAUUAUUGUUGAACUGGUCAAUGGAAUGAAUUCAUUUUAAGUCAUAAAGUUUAGGCCAAGUUCAGUUUGAGUUUCAGUCCACCAAUGUUUGGCAAAAUUAUAACUCCUUUUCUGACUUAAAAUUUUGCAAAAUGGCGCAUCCAUUCGAUAUUUUUUAAACGGAUUCAUUUUUGGUACACAUUUUAUGAUUAUAAAAUGCAGGCCAUGUUCUCAUUUGAUUACAAUUCACUCAUUUUUGGUCUUUUUACCUCACCUGAGCAGGAAGUGCUCAAGGUGAGCUAUUGUGACCGGUCAUUGUGUGUCAUCGUCUGGAGUCAGUCGUCCGUCGUGCGCGUCCAUCAACAUUUGCCUUGUUAACAUCUAGAGGCCACAGUUGUGAUCGAAUCUUUAUGAAACUUGGUCAGAAUGUUUGUCUUGAUGAUCUCCAGGUCAAGUUCGAAACUGGGUCAUGUGAGGUCAAAAACUAGGUCAGUAGGCCAGAUCAAAGGAAAAUCUUGUUAACACUCUUAGAGUCCACAUUUUAAGUUUGAAACUCAUGAGAAUAGGUCAGAAUGUUUGUCUUGAUGACCUCUAGGUCAAGUUCGAAUCUGGGUCAUAUUGCAUCAAAAACUACUCUAGAGGCCACAAUUAUGAUCCUAUCUUCAUGAAUUUUGGUCAGAAUGUUUGUCUUGAUGAUUUUUAGCCCAAGUUCGAAUCUGGGUCAUGUGGGGUCAAAAACUAGUUCACUAGGCCAGAUCAAAGGAAAAUCUUGUUAACACUCUAGAGAACACAUUUUAAGUUUGAAACUCAGGAGAAUUGGUCAGAAUGUGGGUCAUGUGGGUUUAAAAACUAAGUCACCCAGUCAUAUCAAAGAAAAACUGUGUGUGCAAAUAGGGGCUGCAUUUUUAGCUCACCUGCCACAUAGUGACAGGGUGAGCUUUUGUGAUCGCCCUUUGUCCAUCUGUCGUCUGUCUACAAUUUCUUGUGAACAUGAUAGAGACCACAUUUUGCAAUCAAUUUUAAUCAAACUUGCACACAACUUGUAUUGGCAUAAUAUCUCGAUUCCUUUCGAAAACUGGCCAGAUCCCUUCAUGGGUCCCAGAGUUAUGGCCCCUUAAAGGCCAAAAAUUUGCUAUUUUUGGCUUGUGAACACGAUAGAGACCACAUUUUGCAAAUUAACUUUAACCAAACUUGCACACAACUUGUAUUGGCAUAAUAUCUCAGUUCCUUUUGAAAACUGGCCAGAUCCCGUCAUGGGUCCCAGAGUUAUGGCCCCUUAAAGGGCAAAAAUUUGCUAUUUUGUCUUGUAAACACGAUAGAGACCACAUUUUGCUAUCAACUUUGACCAAACUUGCACACAACUUGUAUUGGCAUAAUAUCUUGAUUGCUUUCGAAAACUGGCCAGAUCCCAUCAUGGGUUCCAGAGAUAUGGCCCCUUUAAGGGCCAAAAUUUGCUGUUUUGGGCCUGUGAACACAAUAGAGACCACAUUUUGCAAUCAGUUUUAAUUAAACUUGCACACAACUUGUAUUGGCAUAAUAUCUUGGGUCCUUUCAAAAAUUGGCCAGAUCCCAUCAUGGGUUCCACAGUUAUGGCCCCUUAAAGGGCCAAAAUUUGCUAUUUUGGCUUUUGCAGCCAUAUAGAGACUUCAUUUGCUAUUUUUGGCCCUACUUUCUUGUUUUUAGCUCACCUGUCACGAACAUUGAUGUCUGUCGUGCCUCGUCCGUCAACAAUUUCUUAAAAAAUCUUCUUGAAAACCACUGGGCAGAAUUACACCAAACUUCACAGGAAUGAUCCUUGGGUGACCCCCUUUCAAAAUUGUUCGAAGAAUUGAAUUCCAUGCAGACUGUGGUUGCCAUGGCAACCGAAAGGAAAAACUUAAAAAAUCUUCUUGUCCAAAACCAUAGGGCCUAGGGCUUUGAUAUAUGGUGUGUAGCAUCAUCUAGUGGUCCUGUACUAAAAUUGUUCAAAUUAUCCCCCUAGGGUCAAAUAUGGCCCUGCCUCGGGGGUCACAUGGUUUAUAUAGACUUAUAUAGGGAAAACUUUGAAAAUCUUCUUGUACAAAACCACAUGGCCUAGGGCUUUGAUUUUUGGUAUGUAGCAUCAUCUAGUGGUCCUUGACCAAGAUUUUUCAAAUAAUCCCCCCUUUCAAAUAUGGCCCGCCCCAGAGGUCCCAAGUUUUACAUAGACUUAUAUAGGAAAAAAAGUUUAAAAAUCUUCUUGUCUGUAACCACAACACUUAGACCUUUGAUAUUCAGUUUGUAGCAUUGUCUUAUGGUCCACAACCAAAAUUAUUCAAAUUGUACCUGUUGGGUGAAAAGAGGCCCUGCCCUGGGGGUCCCAAGUUUUAUAUAGACUUAUAUAGGAAAAAGCUUUAAAAAUCUUCUUGUCUGAAACCAUAGGAACUAGGCUUUUGAUACUUGGUAUGAUGCAUUGUCUAGUAGUCCUCUACUAAAAUUAUUCAAAUUAUGCCCCUGGGGUUAAAAGAGGCCCCGCCCUGGGGUCACUUAGUUAUUAUGUGUGUUAUAUAGGAAAAAUACUUAAAAAAUCAUCUGAUCCUAUUUCCAACUGAUGAUAAAAUAUUAAGAAAGUCAGUAGGUCACAUUCAUGGUCAUGAAAUUCAGUUUAACGAUUUGUGUGCAAAACUGUGUAUGUCAUCAAAAUUUCAAGGCUGUAUCUUAAAAAACAAGAAAGUAGGUCAGUAGGUCAAGGUCAGUCAAGUGACAUCAUAUUACUUUGGGUCAUCAGGUAAUUAUAAUUAAACAGUCUUGGAUAUUAGUUGGCACAAAUAUUUCCUUGCAUGAGAUGACAUGUGUUGGACAAAACCCGGACCCUUAGCUCAAAGGUCAAGGUCACAGUUAAGGUCAAGAAGGCUUUUUUCUGUCCGGUAUAAAUCUCUACAGUUCAUAAAGGGAUUUUAAUAUUACUUUUGCAGCCAUAUAGAGACUGCACAAAUGUUCACCAUAAUAAGAUGUUGUGUCGUGCAUAACACCCAGACCCCUGUCUGAAAGGUCAGGGUCACACUUAGUGGUCAAAGGUCAGUAGGGCUUUUUUCCUAUCUGGUCCAUAACUCUGUCAUCCAUCCAGGGAUUUUGAUAUUUCUUGACACAAAUGUUCCCUAUAAUGAGACAAUGUGUCUUUGGCAACACCCAUGUCCCUAAUUUGAAGGUCAUGGUCACAGUCUAAGGUCAACAGGUUUUUUUUCCCAUUUGGCCCAUAACUCUGUCAUCCAUUAAGGGAUUUUUAUAUUACUUAACGAGACAAUUUGUUAUGCGCAAUCUCAAAUGUCAAGGUCACAUUUGACGGUCAAAAGUCAAAAUCGGUCUUUUCUUGUCCAGUCUGUGAAAUAUUUUGAUAUCAUUAUGGAACCAAUUAAAAACAGUUGUUAGUGUUUUUUCUUCAGAAAUACUUCCCUUUCAUAUGAUGAUUUCUUUCAUUUUUGUACCCCCUAACAACAAAGUUGUAAGGGGGGGUAUACUGGUUUCAGGUUGUCUGUCUGUCUGUCUGUCCGUCGGUCUGUCCGUCUGUCAGUAGACACAAUCUUGUGUGCACCAUCUCUCCUCAUCCCCUUGACACAAUUUAAUGAAACCUUUCAGAAAAAAAAAUUGCAGAGUUCCUGGACUUUGUUUUUUGUUACUAUACAAUAUGCAUAGACACAAUCUUGCGCGCACCAUCUCUCCUCAUCCCCUUGACACAAUUUAAUGAAACUUCACACAAGUGAUCAGUAACAACAGUAUUUGUGCAUGGAGCAUGUUAGGUUCUUUCAGAAAAAAAAAUUUGCAGGGUUACGGGACUUUGUUUUUUGUUACUAUACUAUAUACAUAGACACAAUCUUGUGCGCACCAUCUCUCCUCAUCCCCUUGACACAAUUUAAUGAAACUUCACACAAGUGAUCAGUAACAACAGUAGUUGUGCAUGGGGCAUGUUAGGUUCUUUUAACGACAAAAAUUGCAGAGUUAUGGGACUUCGUUUCUUGUUAACAUACUAUGUACAUACAGUCUGCAUAUGCAAUCUUGUGUGUGCCUAAUCUUCCGAACCCUUGUGCACAAUUUUAUGAAACUUCACACAAGUUAUCAGUACCAACCCUAGUUGUGCAUGGUGCAUGUUACGUUCUUUUAGAUAAAUAUUCUGCAUAGUUAUGGGACUUUGUUUUUUGUUACUCUACUGUAUACAUACAGUCUAUAUACAUACAGUCCACAUAAUUAUGCAGUCUUGUGUGCGUCAAAUUGCAACGUACUGUGUCAGUGCAUGCGGGGGGUACAUUCAUCACCUUUAGUUCACAAAUUUUCCCACCAAUUUCAGUAUGAAAUGUUAUCAAAAUUGAAAUUAAAUACUUUUUAUUAUACUAACAGAUUAGAUGUUAUAAGCAGUCAACAAUUGGAGAUUUUCAUAUAUGCAAAUUUUAAUCUAAAGGUGUUAAAACAUAUUGUAUAUGUAGUACAAUAUUGUUUUUACAUCAUUGACAGAUAUCAGAUCAUUAUGUUAUAUUGUAGUAGAUAAAAUUAGGUGCCUUCCAGGAUGGGACUUUGUAUUGCAUGGCAAUACUUCAUUCACUUGUUUAACAUUGACUUGCAGAAGAAGAAACUUUGAUAAUGCCAAUAUGAUCAUAUGCUGCAUAUUGUUACACCCUGGAUAUACAUAUACAGCAUAUACCCAUUUGAGACAGGUGAGCAAUUUAGGGACUUCAUGGCCCAGGAGUCAGUAGAGUUAUGACCCCUUUUUGACUUUGGUCAAAAAUUGGUUAUCCAUUCAAUAAGUCUUGAAGAGAUGAAGGGAUUGAAUUCAUUACAGUCCCAUAAACCUUUUAUACAGUCAUGUGAUUCUGAAAUUAGAUUAGUAGGGUCUGAACACUUAAUUUUACUGUAUCUCUAUGGUUCAAGCAGGUAUAACAAUUUUGAUUCCCUAUAUCAUAUUUUUAUAUUGAUGUAAUUGAGAUGUAAACCAAAAUAUUUUGGCACCAUAAAACCUGUACUGUGUAGGUAUACCGUUUAACCCAAAUUAACGAACAAAAAGCAUGGCCACCAGUUUCUCUGUGUGUAUAUAGUUGGAACUUUCAGAAACUGUUGGUUCAGUUUUAAAAUAGUUUCAUAGAAUGUACAUUGGGGGGACCAUAUUUUCAAAGAUUGUUCAUAAUAUUCCAAUUUGUCAAAAAAACAACAACAUGGCUGCCAGAGCUAGAAAUGAAAAAUAUCUUCAAAUGCCUACUCCUAAACCACUGGUCUUACUUUGAAAUAAUUUUGUGGAAAUAUUUUCUUGGUGACACUAUACUAUAAUUGUUAAUGGCAUCUUGAUUUAAUUAACACAAAAAAGGGGCUGUGAGCCAUGGGUCUAGUUUUUCCAACAUAGCUAUAUCUUCUAUGCUAAUCCUGCAGGCCAGUUUUCAAAGCUAUUACUUGUUAUACCUCUUUGAGCAAUGAAACCCCAGUGAGCAGUAUAGGGUCAUCAUGGCCUAUAGGGCCAUCACGGCCCUUAUAUUUUAAUUCUUAUUUUUGAAGAAGUUAGAUGUUGUAUGUAAUUACUGUAGGGUGAUUUUUGUUGUACUUUUAAAAUGUAUCAUUGAUUCAUAUCUGUUGGGGCAGCAUUUCUUUAAACUUUGGUGUCAUUUUUGUAAUAAAACCUAUAAGCUAUUGUGAAUUGUUACCUCUACAUUUGUGUUUUUAUCUCAUUAGAGUGCUAGGUGCUUAAGGUGAGUGUUUUAUGGUCAUUCACUGUCCAGUGCAUCAGUCCAUUCACAUUUUUCUUCAAACUACAUCUCUGAAACCUUCAGGUAGUUGAUGAAAGUUGGAACAUGUAACUUCAUCAGAAACUCUUGGCUUUCAUUAGAAAUAUUUUUAAGCUAUUGUUAUGUGGAUGUCUACAAAAUGUUGUUAAAAAUUGGCUGCUAGAUGGCAUGGUUACCAUUUUUUAAAUGUAUAAAAUUAAAACUUAAGAAGAAAUCUUGUCAGAAACUGCAGUACCAGUCUUGAAAUAAUUUUACAGGACGGUUUUUCCUUCUCUUUUUUUUGACAUUCCACCAACACUGUUCCAGCCGUUUGGGAUAUAUAAACAUACGGCUGCCAGAUGGGGCCAUUUUCUCUAUAUGGUUAAAUAUAAAACUUUGAAAAUAUUCCGAGUCUACAAGCGAGAUUUCAAAGAAAUUUAUAAGAAUGUUUUUCUCGGAUGACAUAACCAUAAAUUGUUCAAGACUUUGAUGACAUUCAUCAAGUAAAGAAAAGGCUGUGGCAGGUAAACGCUUCUCUCAGUAUGUAAAAAGAAGAAUUUGAAACUAAAAUAAUAUGGCACUUAAGAUUUUUCAGUGGGCCUUUUACCAUUUUCUUUGAUUGUUCAUAUUAUAUAAACCAUGGCAAUAAGUGGGGAGGGCUUUUUAGCUCACCUGAGCACAAAGUGCUCAAGAUGACCUAUUGUAUUGUUAUACUCCUGUGGUCAUUUUCAGUCAUUGUGCAUCGUUGACCCUUCAGGCCGUUUUUCUACCUGAUGCUCAUGGAAUACAGACAGAAGACUUGUCUUUAUAAAAAUCUAGGUCAAGCUUGAAGCUGCCUCAUCUAGGGUAAAAAAUAAAGCCACUAGCUGAAAUCAUUAGAAUACCAUAUAAACUCUUCCAGACACCAUAUGAUCUUCAUGAGAAAUGGUCUGAUUUUUAGCUUGACUAUUCAAAGAAUAGGUAGAGCUAUUGGACUCGCCCGUGUGUCAGCGUCCACAUCUCGAUUUGGUUAAGUUUUUAGCUCGACUAUUCGAAGAAUAGUCUAGCUAUUCUACUCACCCUGGCGUCGGCGUCGGCGUCGGCGUCGGCGUCGGCGUCGGCGUCACACCUUGGUUAAGUUUUUGCAUGCAAGUACAUACAGCUAUCAUUUAAAGGCAUAUAGCUUUGAAACUUAUUUAUUCUUUUUCUAGGUCAAUUACCAACCUCACUGGGUCAAGUUCCAUAACUCUAACAUGUAUUUUGAGCAAAUUAUGCCCCCUUUUGGACUUAGAAAAUUCUGGUUAAAGUUUUACAUGCAAGUUACUAUCUCCAAAACUAAUGCAGAUAUUGAAUUGAAACUUCACAUGUGUCUUCGGGGUUAUAAAACUAGUUGAUAGCACCAAGUCCCAUAACUCUGACCUUCAUUUUGGCCAAAUUAUGCCCCCUUUUGUACUUAGAAAAUUUUGGUUAAAGUUUUGCGUGCAAGUACAUACAGCUAUUACUAAAAGGCAUAUAGAUUUGAAACUUACUUUUUCUUUUUCUAGAUCAAUUACCUACCUCACUGGGUCAAGUCCCAUAACUCUGACAUGUAUUUUGGCCAAAUUAUGCCCCCUUUUGGACUUAGAAAAUUCUAGUUAAAGUUUUGCGUGCAAGUACAUACAGCUAUUACUAAAAGGCAUAUUGAUUUGAAACUUAUUUUUUCUUUUUCUAGAUCAAUAACCUACCUCACUGGGCCAAGUCCCAUAACUCUGACAUGUAUUUUGAGCAAAUUAUGCCCCCUUUUGGACUUAGAAAGUCCUGGUUAAAGUUUUACAUGCAAGUUACUAUCUCCAAAACUAAUGCAGAUAUUAAAUUGAAACUUCACAUGUGUCUUCGGGGUUAUAAAACUAGUUGAUAGAAUCAAGUCCCAUAACUCUGACAUGUAUUUUGGGCAAAUUAUGCCCCCUUUUGGACUUAGAAAAUCCUGGUUAAAGUUUUGCGUGCAAGUACAUACAGCUAUUACCAAAAAGCAUAUAGCUUUGAAACUUAUUUAUUCUUUUUCUAGGUCAGUUACCAACCUCACUGGGUCAAGUUCCAUAACUCUUAACAUGUAUUUUGAGCAAAUUAUUCCCCCUUUUGGACUUAGAAAAUUCUGGUUAAAGUUUUACAUGCAAGUUACUAUCUCCAAAACUAAUGCAGAUAUGGAAUUGAAACUUACCAUGUUUCUUCGGGGUUAUUAAACUAGUUGAUAGCAUCAAGUCCCAUAACUCUGAUAUGCAUUUUGGUCAAAUUAUGUCCCGUUUCGAACUUAAAACUCUUUUGAUAUUUAACAUUUUGGGUAAUAAUUUCCUGCUUCUGUGACAAUAUUUCGAAUAGUCGAGCUUGGCUGUCUUAUGGACAGCUCUUGUUGAAUAUAAGCUGGUAUCUCAGUAACCACUUGUGGGAAUGGAUUGAAACUUCACACGCUUAUUCACUGUGAUAAACUGAUUUACAUUGCACAGGUUCCAUAACUCUAUUUUGCUUUUUUACAAAAUUAUGCCCCUUUUUCAACUUAGAAAUUUUUGGUUAAGGUUUUGUAUGUAAGCUGGUAUCUCAGUACCCACUAAUGGGAAUGGAUUGAAACUUCGCACACUUGUUCACUGUCUGUUGCUGGUCCCAUAACUCUACUUUGCAUUUUUUUUUAAAUUAUGCCCCUUUUUCGACUUGGCAGUCUUUGGUUAAGUUUUUGCAUGUACCGGUAAGCUGGUAUCUCAGUAUCCACUACUGGGAAUGGAUUGAAACUUCACACACUUGUUCACUGUCAUGAUCUGACAUGCAGUGCAUAGGUUAAAUAACUCUACUUUGUAGUUUUUGGUUAAGGUUUUAUAUGUAAGCUGGUAUCUCAGUAUCCACUACUGGGAAUGGAUUGAAACUUCACACACUUGUUCACUGUCAUGAUCUGACAUGCAGUGUCAUGUUCUAGAACUCUACUUUGCAUUUUUAAAAAUUUAUGCCCCUUUUUUGACUUUGUAGUUUUUGGUUAAGGUUUUAUAUGUAAGCUGGUAUCUCAGUACCCACUAAUGGGAAUGGAUUGAAACUUCACACACUUGUCCACUGUCAUGAACUGAUAAGCAAUGUGCAGGUUCCAUAACCCUGUUUCACAUUUAUACAAAAUUAUGCCCCUUUUUUGACUUUUGUAGUCAUUCAGUUGACAAGGCUGUUGAAUAGUCGAGUGUUGCUGUCCUCUGACAGCUCUUGUUUUGUCUUGAUAACAUCUAUGUCAGAAUAGAAACUGGAUCAUGUGAUAUCAAUAUCUAGGUCACUAGGUAACUAUCAUUGUGCUACCUUGUUAACACUCCAGAGUCCAUCUUCAUGAAAAUUUACCAAAAUGUUUGUAUAUAUUUAUAUCAAAGGCAGAGUGAUAUGAUACUGGUGUUUAAUGCUUUUUUUCAUGGGUAAAAUCUCUAUCCUGUUUGGCAGCUUUCCCGCUUAGCUCAGUAGGUAAGAGCGUUGGUCUACGGAUCGCGGGGUCGUGAGUUCGAUCCUCGGGUGGGGUGUAUGUUCUCUGUGACUAUUUGAUAAACGACAUUGUGUCUGAAAUCAUUAGUCCUCCACCUCUGGUUCAUGUGGGAAGUUGGCAGUUACUUGCGGAGAACAGGUUUGUACUGGUACAGAAUCCAGGAACACUGGUUAGGUUAACUGCCUGCCGUUACAUGACUGAAAUACUGUUGAAAAACGGCGUUAAAGCCAAAACAAACAAACUAUCCUGUUUGGCAGGGGAUACCAAUUCUCUAACUUUGCUUGUUUAUUUUAUGUCAAGUUCAAAAGUUGGUUAUCUUUGGACAAAAGUAGAUCAGAUGAGUGGAUCCCUAAUUUAUGAUUUAUUUUUUCUGUCCAUUUAUCAUUAGAUAUUUUGGUGUAUAGAGAAAUUUCUAAGAUAUCAACUUGGGCAAAAUGAUUUUUCUAGUGUUCUUAUGUUUCAAAAGUAUUUCUAUGUUCAUCUUCUGUACAAAAUGAUUAAACGAAUAUGUAUAUAAGUUAUGAAUUGUAAGAAGAAUUUGAGUGUCCUUUCCUUGCUUUGUUAAAAUUGUUAGGACUCUUGUAAACUUGUUUACACACAUUUAUAGUAACAUUUCAAAGUCAUGAAUACAGUAGUUGUUAAAGCUACUUUUUAAUUAAUCUGUGAAAAGAAUAGUAUUUCUAGAAUAGGUAUGGCAGCUCACAGCUUCCUGAAAUUCUCGCUAGCAAUUCUACUUCUGUAACAUUUAUUGCUUUUUAUCUUGUCCUGAAAUUUAUGUAGCAUAAUUUUAAAAGACAUAAUUAUAUACUGUAUUUUUGUUAUUUUGGUGUUUUCUUUUUAAGCAUAAAAUGCUUUUAUUGUUUUGUAAUACAUGUAUAUUGUUGGUCAUAAAUACUUAUAUAUUUUAAUAAACUUUCUUAUAUUAUAUAUUGUAGAAAUAGCCAGCAGGCCAUAUGUUAGUGAUAGUAAAUAGCUGAAAUUUAUGCUCACUAAGUUAAAGGCCCUAUAGCCUACUGCCUUUUAAACUGCAUAGGACAAUUGCCUGUGGUCAGUAGAUAAUCUCUAUUGAUUUGGGGAAAGGGGUGAGUCAAAGGUAAAGGUCUAACUGAAAACAGUUUCAGCUCAAUAACCCAGGAAUGCUUUGGGCUACAGUGCAUAAACUUUGUAGGAUGAUUGCCUGUGGUCAGUACAUCCAUAUAUAUGUUGUAUAUACAUUAAGUAAAGUUGUGUCCAAAAACUUUGGUAAAAUAUGGUAAUAAUCAUAGGAAACAAAAGAGGUUACUACAUUGAUGUAAACAUGCAUCCCAUAUGUUAUUGUAAGAAGUACAGGAUCUUAAAUGUUUAUACUCUGUUUGGUGAUUUAUUGGUUUAUUUUUCAUUCUCUGAUUGAAACAUUAUUCAGAAUAUUAUUUUGAAUUCAAGAGAAAUUUUCUAAGUCAUAUCAGUGAUAUGAAUGUGUUCAUAUAUAACACAAUUAGUCACCUCGGCACAAAAAAAACUGCAUUGACAUAAACAAGCAGUUAUCGACUUUUUGCACUGAGGUGAGGAAAUGCUAUCAUCUUUCAAUAUUGUCAUAAAGUCAGAUACUAGUUUUACAACCAUCAUUGUUGAUUUUUAAUUACACAAAAAGGUAUGUUGAAAUAACUUUUGCUGAUUCAAAUAUGCUGAUAUUAAAUGUAGUAAAUUCCUUUCUUGUACAGUAAUAAAUAAAGGAACUAAAAUUGAUGUCCUUGGCAUCAAAGACUUGAGACAUAUAAGUAGAGAAGGUACAGAACUGAUGUAGGAACAGUUCUAUACCUGGUAAACUCAUGAAACUCUUCUCAGUUUCCAUCAAAAUCAUACAAAAUCUGCUAAAUUAGCAUCAAGUAUACAUACACAUACACAUACACGUGUUUCAUGUCCUUUUUGUGCCCUCCAAAAUUUUUGGAGGGCACUUAAGAAUUGCCCUUGUCCGUCUGUCUGUCGGUCCAUCCAAAUUUGUGUCGUUCAUAUCACAAAAAGUAUUUGACCAAGAGUCAUCAAACCUCAUAGGAUUGUUAUUCAGCAUGGGAAGCUGUGCACCAGGGGUUAGAAUUUGGAUCUCACAAAGUCAGACUAGAGUUAUGGCCCUUGACCGAGUCAAAAAUACACAUAAAAAGGACCUAAGUUUGUGUCGCAUGUAUCUCAAAAAGUAUUUAACCCAGUAUUAUGAAACAUUACAGGAAUAUUAUUCAGCAUCUGAAGUUAUGCAUUUGGGGUUUUGUUAGAGAUGUGACUCUGUCAGACCAGAGUUAUGGCCCUUGACUUAGUAAAAUAAAUAUGCAUAAAAAGGUCUAAAAGUUUUGUCGCACAUCUCAAAAACUAUUUGACCUAGGGUCACGAAACCUCAUAGGAAUAUUAUUCAGCAUGUUAAGUUGUGCACCUGGGAUUUUGUUCCGGAUUUUUUCAGUCGGACCAGUGUUAUGGCCCUUGAUUGUCAAAAAUAUGCAGAAAUGGGAUACAAGUUUGUCUAUCUAAAAAAGUAUUUGACUUAAGAGUCAUAAUACAUUAGGGGAUUGUUAUAUAGCAUGUGAAGGUGUGCACCUGCAGCCAAUUGUAUAAAAACUUUAACCGCGCGGUAACCACUAAAUGCCAGUAACCAACAUGGUAACAUCGUGGUAAGCGAUUGUAUAAAUAACGUCAUUCGUGGUAACCACAAUAUAACCACGGUUAAUUUUAACCCACCUACGGGAGCUUGGUAACCACAAAGUAACCACUCAAACAUGGCCGCCGUACAAUUCGACGUAUUUACAGACAAAAUUUGACGGACUUGGCGGAUGAAAAAUUACGCAAAAGGUAUUCAGGUGUUAGCUAACAACAUAGACAGACUUGUUGGACUUCUUGGACCGACUUUGAGAACGACGGCCGCAACGGAACCAAGCUCUGACACUACGGCAACAGAUUUUAUUCGACUACGAAUCAUGAGUGGAUUUUAUGCCGUUAUAGGGCUCCUGUCUGUAAUUCACUAUUCGGUUGUAUUGACGAGACCCAUGUUAAAAUAUUUUCGUCCGUUUAUCUGCAUUGAGGCCGCAUUUGAAAUUUUGUUAGUAGAAAACAUCAACACGGUAUCAAUGUCCAGGCGAACUGCGACCACAAAGACCAUUGCGCACUAGCUCUACAGUACAUUACAUACACAUUGAUUCAGUAUGUGAAAUAAAGAAGCAAACAUCUCACUUGAUAAUCCACAUUCAGCAAAACACGUUUGUAGACAUUCCAAGAAGCAUUUCAUUUUACAGUCCUACUGUCACUAUAAACAGACAUUACUCCGAAGAUACUUUUAAAAUCCAUAUUAUAAUUAAAUGCACAGAUUCUCUCUAGUUAAUGCAGUUGUUUACACUGUUUAAUAACCUUGAAAUUGGUAAAACACAAUAUGUACUGUACACACAUGUAUUGAUGACAUCAUUAUACUGAUGACAUCAUAAAAGUGCCUUGUUCAGAGAACUGUAUGGAAGGCCGGUUAUGCGCGCAGUGCAUUAUUGGAAAAUUUACCGCGGUUAAAUUGAUAUUUUACGUGGUUAGGUUACCGUGCGGUUAAACUGGUUUAUACAAGAGAAAAUAAUCAGUGGUUACCUAACCACGAUAUAUACCGCGGUUAUAGUUUUACCAUGGUAUAUUUUAACCACUGUUUAUACAAUUGGCUGCAGGUGUUCUGUUUUGGAUUUCACUCAGCCAGAUUGGAGUUAUGAUCCUUGACUUAGUGAAAAAUACACAUAAAAUGCUUGUGUUGCAUAUAUCUAAAAAAAAUAACCUAGAGUCAUGAAACCAUCUAGGAAUAUUAUCCAGCAUGUAAAUUAGUGCACCUCAGUUUUUUUGUUGUUUUUUUUCACUUUGCAAGACCAGAGUUAUGGCCCUUGACUUAGUCAAAAAAUAAAAGGUUUGUGCUGCAUGUAUGUCAAAAUGUACUUGAGGUAGAGUCAUAAAACAUUAGAGGAUUGUUUUAUAGCCUAUGACGUUUCGCAUCAGGUGUUCUCCUUGGGAUUUUACUCAGCUUUGCCAGAGUUAUGGACCUUAACUAAGUGAAAAAUACACAUAAAGUUCUUCAAAGUUUGUGGUGCAAAAAUCUUUAAAAAUGUUUCACCUAGAGUUAUAAAACCACAUACAGUGACAGGAGUCAGGGCACCUGUAUCCUAUGGACACACAUCAAGUUUUUGAGAAAUCCAUUUUUUUGUACUUCAAAAUAUUAUUGUCAAGCAUUUUCUGGUGUAUAUUUCAUACAAUGUUGAUAUCAUUCUUGUUUAUGUCUUUAUUUGCUAGUGUGAACAAAAUUUAAUGUAAUUGUUUGUAUAAAGUGCCUUUUUAAAUACAGAAUAGUUAUACUUUAUGUAAUGAUAUUUAAGGACUAGCCUCCAUUGAUGUUCAUUAUUUCUUUUAUGUUAACAUUCUCAGCACUGAUAUUAUGGGACACUAAAAUUGAAGACAUUUGAGACACAGACAGACUUGUUUAAGGUUAUAAAUAAAUUUUAAAGGACUUUGA